GGUCAUACCAUUAACUUUAACCUAUGUACUAAUGCACGUCCGACGAAAAUUUCAGCUGAAAAUUUUCAGUGCGCUUUCAGCGAUACGCGACGCCUUUCUUACUGCACCCGGAAGUGGAAAAUUACGAUUUUUCAUGAUGAUUUUUCAUUAAUUUUAGACUUAAUAUGGAUGUAAACCAUGCUGAUAUAGAUCUACAAGUCGAAUUUAAUAGUGAUAAAAGUACUGAAAAUAGUGACUUCAGUGUUAGACGGAAAGGUGGACUAAUAUCCAUAAUAGAAAAUUUAAAGAAAACUCACAAAACUGAUACAAAAUUUUGCAGUUAUUAUGGAGAAACUACAAACGAACCUCACGAGCCUCCUCAUCCCUCCAACAACAGCAAACCGGUUCGCAGGAGGCGGGUGGACCGCGUCCACAACAACAACGGUCUCAUAGCAACGCCAAUAACAAAUGAUUAUCCUCCACACAACAACAACAAUAAUCAUGUGAAAAACGAGAGGUUGAGUCCGGGAACGCCCGAUACGUCAAGUAGGUCUAGGAGCGUUACUCCCAGUUCAGCCUCGCACCCAGACACGCCGCCUGCGAUUGAGAAUCCCCUGCUGGGAGGCAGGAAUUACAGCGACUUCAUGAGGAGUCUGGCCGCCAAGUAUAACAACUCCAACCCAAACGAUUACUUCAGCGCGGCCCGUAACGGCUUCCCCCCGCCCCUGGACCCGCGCUUCAAGCCCGCGGGAUUCCCCGGCCUCCUCCCGCCCCUCAGCCAGCCGACGGCAAACAAAGACUCCAGCAGCGACCCCCCCAAGAAACCCGAUCUCUCCGCCCUGCACCCCUUCAUGGGGGCCUCGAUGUUCCCCCCUAUAAUCGACAUGUCCACCACUCAGACCCUCAUCGCCAUGGUGCGGACCGCGAAGGAAGCGGAGCUGCAGUCGCUGCUGAAAAACGUCAAGAGGCACGACACGUCGUCGCCUCUAGAUCUGUCCGCGGCGGCGCCGCCUGCCAAGAGGGCCAGGAUCAAGACGCCUUCGGUGGGAAGCCCGAACGCCAGCGUCGGCGCGCCGAAGAGGGCCGAAUCGGAGAGCCCGAAGCUGCACGAGGACAUCUCCAGCUGGACUGUCGAUGACGUUUGCAAUUUCAUCGGUGGGAUCGAUAUAUGCGCCGAAUAUACGCAGAUCUUCCGCGACCAACGGAUAGAUGGCUCUGGGCUGCCGCUGCUGACCGAAGAGCAUCUCACUUCGACGAUGAGCAUGAAACUUGGACCGGCUUUGAAGCUGCGUUCCAUCCUGGCGAAAAAGUUGGGAUCGUGCAACGUGUGCCUGCACUGCACGCACUGCCACAACUCCGCGGGGGGUUCACCGGAACCCGCCAACACGACCGGAAGCACUUCCGACUCCGGCGGCAACUCGUGAGACCGUCGUCCGAUGAUAUUUGUGAUUGGAUGAGGAUUUUAGGAAAUUGUCUGGGGACCUUUUUGAUUGUUUGUUUAAUGUUUUUUUUUACGAAAAAUGUUGCAAAAUAUGAAAUCCACUUGAAAGGUCUCAAAAGUUAUUCAAAUUUAUUAUUUACUUAAAUACGGGUGAAUAUGUUGAGAUGUCCCCCAAGUGAUUUAUUUUAUUUAUUUUUGGUUGUUUCACUGUUAUUCUAAAACUAGUAACAACAUAAAAUGAUAAAAUUUAAAGCAAAAACAGAUUCACGGAGGAUAGAAUCAACUUUUGUAACACCUACAUUAAUGGUUAUAAAAAUUAUUUCUUUUAAUUUUUAAUAAUAUUUUAUAUUUGAUUCGAUUGCUUUGGAUGUGUUUAAUUUACUUAGUGAACUGAUAUUUUUAGUAUGCUUUUACUACCUCAGAUAUUUGAAAUUAUAUAGGUUAACCUAGAAAGAGUAAGUCACGGAGGAUAGGUUUUCGACUUUUAAAACAUUGUAAAAAAUAAUUAAUUGCGGUUAAAAAUCUGGAACCUGAGCUGUAAUAUCUACUUAAUUAUGAAAAAUCAAAACACAAUAAAAGUGUAGGUCAAAGUCAUUUAGUUUUAUUAAAUAUGACGGGGGACAUUUCGUGAGAUUCACCCAUACAAAAAUUGAUUUUAUUGAACUAAAAAAAACUUUUUAAUAUUUAUGAGGCGCCAAUUUAUUUUUAACCAGGAAUUAAUUUUAUGUGUUAUAUUUUCAAUUAGGUUAAAAACACCACAUAAGAACUUUUAUUCUGCAAAUUAAUAAUAUCAUAGGAGAUAUUUGUAAUUCGUUUAAUUUUUAUUUUAUUAAACAAGAUUAUAUUUUUUGGACACCCCUGUUAUUCCAAAAGCCCAGUGAUUGUGCCGCCAUCUAGCGACAGAAUUAGUUUGGAAUACCAAACUUUCAAUCUGAAUUAAAAAUGUCACAUUGAAUUUAAAAUAUCUGCUUAUUUGAUAAAAUAAAAUUUAAAAUUAAUGGAAAAUAUCUACUAUGGGUUAACAUAAGAAUAAUUCCUAAAUAAAUUAUAAAAUGGCGUCCCAUACGAUACAAACUUUUUAUGAAAUUUUCAUAUAAUCAAAUAUUUUUUUUAAAUUAAUAAUUUAGUUUCAAUAUUUUGUAAAUAAAAAUCAUAAUGUAUCGAAAUAUGUUUAUAAUGAUUAUCGUAUAUUUAAAAUUCAUUUAAAGUGCUCAAAUGCUUUAAAUUGUAUAUUUCUAUACAGGGUGUAACAAU